UCGUCCACAGGUAACAUCUCCCCUCCCCUCCUACCAAAACAUCUCUUAAUUAGCCCAAAUGGACUGUCAGGUAACCCACAACACCCCAACGAGAUAAUUUGUGCAUUUGGUGGAUCUGAGGCGAGGAGUUGAAACCAUGUUGCCCCAUUCACCAGGAGCUGUUGUCGUUGUCUGCUAAUUAAUUACACCAUCGUGAGGUUACCUGUGUGAUAAUGUCGGCAGGUAAGAGGAGGUUAGAUACGAUGAUACCACUGGGACCGCCUGAAGUCGUGGCCACCCUCCCGCCUCUACAGUUGGAUUUAGAAGAUUAUGCCUCACCAGCCUUCCCGACGCCCUUCAUUCACAUCGUCAGGUGGAGUAAAAUCUGGGGUUGUCUGCCCGUCUCCUACAGCUACUCCGCCCGGUCCUGGAGGCUCUCACCUUUCCUCACCUGCUGGGUCAUCUGCGCCAUAGGGUUUAACGUCCCUACCUUCUAUGACUGCAUCAAGUCCUCCCUGGGUACGGACGGGCUCAUGCUGUACGUGAUGAUCAUGAUCGUGUGCGUGAUGAGUAUCUCUGGGGUGUCCAUGCACGUCUUGGCUCUACUUCACUAUGACGAGUGGAUCGACUUCCUCAAUAACUGGAUGACGUUCGAGCGCAAGUUUCCUCCGUUGACUGUUGGUGUCCAUUCCUUCAGGGUUUCCUUCCCACUCUUUAUCGGCUUCUUCCUCUACAUCACCUUCUUCGUGGUCAACAUCUUAAAUGAACUUCGUUUUAACCUGAUCAACAACGACGGUGUGUGGAGGAUGUUGUCUCUGGUCUACGUCUACGUCAUCUACAGCUUCACCCUCUCCAUGCCCAUACUGUGGGUGGUGAUGGCCUCCAAGGUGUUCUCAGUGUGUCUCUGUCACAUCAGGAGGGAAUUAGAAUCUAUAAUGGAAUGCGUCAGGUUCGGGAUCCGGUGCACUAACUCUCCUAUACAGAAGUGCAUCGCUACUGGGGACAUGAACCGCAUGCAGGAGGCGGUGCUGGACCUGGCGAAGAUCAUCGAGGGGUUCAAGGCCAUCAUGGGACCCUUCAUGCUGGUGAUCAUUCCUCACCACAUCGUCUCCCUCAUCUGCUUCCUCUACUGGACCCUCGUGUCUAUCCUCGACUACUCUGACUGGUACUUCCCUCUCAGCUUCAGUCUACUGUCUGCCCAGGCCAUUAUGCCCAUCUUCUGUGGCGCCAUCUAUAGUGAAGACGUCCACACUCAGAAAGAGGCCCUCAUCGAACCACUCAUCAUACUGAAAGGCUCCAUGACAGACGAGGCAGCUAAACAUAAGAUGACCACACUAAUUGAUCACCUUGACAGACUCGACGCCCAAAUUGAGGGUCGAGGCUUCUUCACUCUUAACAAGGGCAUGGCCACCACGGUGGUAAAUACUGUAGUCACCUAUUUAGUGGUGCUGAUACAGUUUUACGGUGGAGGGCGCUGAUUACUGCCACUCUUCUUCUUCUCCUCCUUCUUCUCCUCCUCCUUCUUCCUUUUUCCUUCUUCUCCUUCCUUUUCCUUCUUCUAUCUUUUUCUCCUACCUCCUCCUACGCCUUCCUCUUUGGUCUAUCAGUACAGUGACCAACAACCCCAGCACUGCACUCGGCCACCUUACCUCACCCAACUGAACUGAAGUUGUCGCGGGCGAGAACCAAGGAACCAUAAUCCAAGAGCCGAGCCCUGUGUACACCCGGCCUCCACAUCCAAUAUAUACAUAAUCUCAAUCAAGAAUACAUAAAUACAAAAUAACUAUGUA